CUGCUUCCUUCUGCUCUGCUCUGGAUCACCUCUCGACCAGCAGCAGCCAAUCAGAUUCCUCCUGAGUGUGUUGACCAGCUCACAGAUGUACGAGGCUUCAAUGACCCUCAGAAGGGCGAGUAUUUCAGGAAGAGAAUAAAAGAUGAGCGUCUGGCCAACAGAAUCAUCACACACAUGAAAUCAUCAAGAAGCCUGUACAUCAUGUGUCACAUACCAGUCUUCUGUUGGAUUUCAGCCACUGUUCUCCAGAGACUGUUGAGUGAAGCAGAGAGUGCAGAGAUCCCCAAGACUCUCACUCAAAUGUUCACACACUUCCUGAUCUUUCAGAGCAAACUGAAGAGCCAGAAGUAUGAUGGGAAAUGUGAGGUGGAUCUUCAGCAGGCUAGAAAGAGGAUUCUGUCUUUGGGAAAACUGGCUUUUCAACAGCUGGAAAAAGGGAACCUGAUCUUCUAUGAGGAGGACCUGAGAGAGUGUGGCAUUGAUGUCACAGAAGCGUCAGUGUACUCAGGAGUUUGUACCCAAAUCUUCAGAGAGGAGUUUGGACUGCACCUGGGGAAGGUGUUCAGCUUUGUGCAUCUGAGCUUUCAGGAGUUUCUCGCUGCUUUAUAUGCUAUUCUUUCCUUUUCUCAACAGAAAUCAGGUCUCUUCAGUAUGUUUAAGUCAUCUAUGAUUGAUUUCCUGAAGAGUGAAGUGGACAAAUCUUUACAGAGUGAGAACGGACACCUGGACCUUUUCCUUCGAUUCCUUCUGGGUCUCUCACUGAAGUCCAAUCAGACAAUCUUACUAGACCUACUGAGACAGAGAGGAAGCAGCUCUGACAGCAAACAGGAAAUAGUUAAGUACAUUAAGAUGAAGAUCAGGGAGAAUCCCUCUCCAGAGAAAUCCAUCAAUCUGUUCCACUGUCUGAAUGAACUCGAUGAUCAUUCUCUAGUGCAGGAAGUACAAACAUACGUGAACAGAAGAGAUAUCAAUCGUCUUUCUGGAGUCAGUCUCUCUCCUGCUCAGUGGUCAGCUCUGGUGUUUGUGUUGCUGAACUCAGAAGAGGAGCUGGAUCAGUUUAAUCUGAGGAAAUAUGAUCCAUCAUAUGAAUGUCUUCUGAGGCUGCUGCCGGUGAUCAAAGCAUCCAGAAAAGCUGAUUUGAUGGGCUGCGAUCUGACAGACCAAAGUUGUUCAGCACUGGCCUCAGUCCUCAGCUCAAACUCCUCAAGUCUGAGAGAGCUGGACCUGAGUAACAAUGACCUGCAGGAUUCAGGAGUGAAGCUGCUCUCUGAUGCACUAAAUAGUCCUCACUGUACACUGGAAAUACUGAGAUUUGCAGCUUGUAGAUUCACUGAUCAGUGCUGUGAAAGUUUGUCUUCAGUUCUACAAUCAUCAAAAUCCCUUAGAGAGCUGGACAUGAGUAACAAUGAUCUGCAGGAUUCAGGAGUGAAGCUGCUCUCUGAUGCACUGAAGAGUCCUCACUGUACACUGGAAAUACUGAGAUUAUCUGGCUGUAUGGUGACAGAGGAAGGCUGUUGUUCUGUGGCAUCAGCUCUGAGAUCAAAUCUCUCACGCCUGAAAGAGCUGGAUCUGAGCUACAAUCACCCAGGAGAAUCAGGAGUCAGGCUGCUCUCUGAAAGACUCAACGAUCCAAACUGCACACUGGACAAACUUAAUGUGGAUCAUGGAGGAGAGUUCAGGAUUACAGCAGGACCACGCAAAUGGGUCUGUGAUCUCACACUGGAUUCAAACACAGUAAACACUAAACUCAUUCUGUCUGAGGGGAACAGGAAGGUGACACAUGUGAGAGAGCGUCAGUCAUAUCCUGAUCAUCCAGAGAGAUUUGAUGAUCGUCCUCAGGUUCUGUGUAGAGAGAGUCUGACUGGACGCUGUUACUGGGAGACUCAAUGGAGUGGAGUUGGUGCUGUUAUAUCAGUGUCAUAUAAAGAAAUCAGCAGGAAAGGAAAGAGUGAUGACUGUGUGUUUGGACUCAAUGUAAACUCCUGGAGUCUGUUCUGCUUUAAUAACAGAUUCACUGUCUGUCACAAUAAUAACAGAACUGACAUACGUCCCCCUUCACACGACUGUAAGAGAGUAGGAGUGUAUGUGGACUGUCCGGCCGGCACUCUGUCCUUCUACAGCGUCUCUGACACACACACACUCACACACUUACACACAUUCAUCAGCACAUUCACUCGACCCCUCUAUGCUGGAUUUAGAGUUUAUCGUGAUUUCUCAGUGUGUGUGUGUGAAAUUGAUCAUCAGAGACACACACACACAACUGGAUGAGUGAAAUAUACUCACUGUAUCUCACAUCAACACAACUCCAAACUCUUUCUAGAAAUCAUUUCAUCAAUGAAACUGAUUGAAUUCAAUACAAUGACAGUACUUUGUGUCUCACUGUGAUGUGAUUGAACUUAUUUACUAUCAGAUUCAAUAAUAAAAAUAAUGAUUUUAAAAUCCCAAAUACUUCAAAUGAAUAAAUGAGUCUAUAUAUGAACUCUUUAUUAAACACACGGCACAUUCAGAUACUCAUUGUUUUAUUUAUACUAAAUAAACAUUUACAAAUACAGAAUUCUUGUGAUUUUUCUACAGUAUAUAAAUCUUAAUACUUAACAGACAAUUCUAGAAAAAACAGCUUCACACUUUUGCAUUCAUAAAUGGAUUUAUAAGAACUAAUUACAGGAUCAUUUAAAGUUGGUGUAAAUUUGACAGAUUUGAAGAGUUCACUCAUUGAUAAAAGUCAAAUGCUGUCAUCAUACACACACCCUCAUGUUGUUCUGAACCUUACACAUUUUUAUUCUGUGACACACAAAAGGAAAUAUACUGGUAGAACAUUAGAGACUGACAUUCUCAGUCACCAUUUACUUUCAUUGCAUCUUUCUUUUCAAUUGAAGUGAUUGACUGAAAUUCAAUAUUGCAAAAGCUUCUGUUGUUUUAUCCAAAGCGCUUAUUACAGGGACAAUAAGAGAAUAAUUUACUGUAAAAAAUUACAUGUGCUCUCGUUCUUUUUACCAUUAAUUAUACAGGAAAAUCUUUUUACAUUUAAAUAAUUACAUUUUUACAUAAUUUUAUUGUAAAAAUUACUGUAUUGUCUUUUAAAAUAUAUGAAAACAUUUGACUGUAUAUUUCACAGUUAAUAUUUGAUAAUCAAUGAACAUUUUAUUUCUGUAGCAUUUUUACAGUAUUUUACUGUUUAAAUUACUGACAUUUUUUACAGUUUAAAGGCUCUUUUUCUUUUAAUUGUAAAUGUUUUUUUGAGUUUGCACAGUGUCUGUUCUGCAAAUGCUCUAUACCGUGUUUAUGGUCCAGAUAUGAUGUUGUCAUGCAGCAGAGUGCGGCAAGAGCUCGAAGUCUUGAGAACAGAUUGUUUUAAAGGAAUAGUUUUUAUUGUGUUGUUCUUAAAGAGUUUCAGCUGUUUAUUACACAAAUAAACAGUUAAGUGUGUUAUUUGAACUAGAUAAAUGAUGUUGAGUUUACUUAAAGAGAAUGUGGACACCGAUUGUAGUAUUUUAAGUGUACACAACUUAAAGUGACACAGUAAACUCAUGUUGAGAUUAGUGCUAUUUCAGAAGUAAACUGAACGAAUUGUAUUAAUUUUAAGUUCAUUGACUUAAUAGAGUAAUCUUACUAAUAAAUCAUUUGUAAGGUUACUAAUUCAUUUAUAGUAAUUAAUAAAAAACAAGCAAGUAAAGUUAACUAGAAAUGUACUAUUAAGUUUAAUAAUAAGUUUACAUUACUUAAAUAGGAACGUUAAUAUAACUUCAUUUUAGUAAGUUUGCUUUGCAGAAAUAAUGCAAUCGGUUUCCUUCAUUUUGAAGUGAACUGAACAUGUAAACUUUUACAGUGUUUGCAGGAAACACAUGUAAAAUACUGUCUUGUGUAAGACGAUGUCAUGUUUAAAGUAUAUUGUACAAAGUCUGGCUAAGUAAUAACAGUUUGAUAUUGAAGAGAAGCAAUUUGUAGUAUUUGGAAUAAGCCAAAAGUGUUACGGAGCAUUUACUUUUACUCAAAUAUAAUACACUUAUGAUAUAUUUCUUGUAUGUUUCAAAGACACUCACAAUUAAUUUGUAAAGUACUUGUAACACAAAUAAAGUACACUUUAAUAUCACUAAUCAAGCCUGUAAUUACCCCACACUGACAUAUACUUAAAAUAACCAAAUGAGUGUUCACUGGAAAAUAAUAAAGCAAACAAACGAUU